AUGUCGCAUAAAUUCCGUGGCAGAGCGUUGAUCUUUAAUAACAAAUACUUUGAGCAGCAACAACUUCCAACACGCGAGGGUACCGAUGUGGAUAUGGAAAGUCUAAGUAAAGUUCUUCGGCAAAUGGGCUUUAAGGUUAAGGAAUAUACGGAUUUGACCAGAAGAGCUAUUAUAAGGAAAAUUAACAAAGCUGGAAUGAAAGAUCAUUCGGAAUGUGAUUGCAUUUUAAUAGCUAUACUCUCACAUGGUAAAAUGGGCUCACUUCAGGCGACUGAUACGGAUUAUCCGCUAGAGAGCAUAUUAAGCCCCUUCACAAUUGAGCGAUGUCCAACGUUAGGUGGCAAACCGAAGAUUUUCAUCAUUCAAGCCUGUCAAGGUGAUCACAAGGAUCCUGGCCAUCAGCUCCUUGAACCCGGCUGCAUUGAAGCCGAUAAUAAUUGCUUUAUAAGCUAUCGAAUUCCAUUGCAACCCGACUUUCUGAUUGCCUUCUCAACUAUUCCGGGUUUUUGCUCCUGGAGGAACACAGUUGAAGGUAGCUGGUUUAUACAAAAUCUCUGUGAAGAGCUGAGUUCCUCUGGAAAAAUUCGGGAUAUAUUAACUCAAUUGACUUUUGUUGCCCAACGAGUAGCAUUUAAUUAUGAAAGUUUUUAUCCUAUAGAUUUGGCCUUACAUCAGAAAAAACAAAUACCGUGCACAAUGUCGAUGUUGACCCGUAUUUUGUAUUUUCGCGAUAAUGAGACGGGCCACGAAUAA